AUGCGCCUCGAACAGAUUCCCGGUCACUACAUCUCGCAUGCGCACACGAUUUCCGCCUAUGCCGCCUUCGUCGGCGCCCUCAUCGUGGGCAUGUGGCUGCACUACCACAAAAUUGUCGAGAACGAGCAUUUUGGAUAUCCAGUGGAAUGGUUUCCCUCCGUCAGCGCAACUAUUGGAGACCGAUACCCCGAGCGAUCUGUCUUUCAGCUCUUCAUCGCCAUCUGCUCUGGGCCUCGAUUCGCUCUGGUGUUUAUGUGGUACUGUCUUGCCAACAAGCCGAACAGCUCCUUGCCCAAGUUCGUGGCUGGCAUGGGUGUCUUCCGGACAUUGACUUGUGGAGGAUGGACGUAUGUUACCAGCACGGACGACCAUGAUUGGCAUGACAUUUUCAUGAUUAGCUACCUUGUGGCUACUCUUCCCUGGACGUUGGGUUGCCUCGCGCUGAGCCCUCCAAACCCGCGAGCUAUCAAGCUACGCAAAUACUUGGCUGGAGCUUUCUUCGGCACAUUGGUUCCUCUGGUCUACUUCUUUAUUCAGCACAAGGUGCAUCGCGUGCCAGGCGCAUACACGAUCUACGCCUUCUUCGAAUGGGCCCUCGUCCUCCUCGAUGUCGCAUUCGAUGCCGUGACUGCCUUGGACUUCAGCAGCUUCGAGCUGGUGGUAAAAGAUGUGAAGGGGUUGAGCAGAGGGUACAAGGACAAGCCGAUCGGCCAAGUCUUCGACGCUCGCUUCUCAUGGGACGAGCUCUUGGAUGCGGCAGCUGAUGUGUACUUGGGUUUCGUCUUCUGGACUAUCCUCACAGCACUUGGUGUCGUUGUGUGGUACUUCCCGCUAUGGCACAUGGGCAUUUCUGGCUACGAAGUCGCCGUCAUGUCAACGAUAUCUCCAUUCGUCCUCGGCAUCCCUGCUAUCAGACGUUUCGUUUCGUCGUCGACGCCAACAAUUCUCCUGUCCACCGUCCUCGGCCUCAUCGCAUACCAGAUCAAGAAGCCCGAGUACCGCUUCUUCGCGGUCAGCUUUGCAGUCUGGCAGGGCUGCUUGGCAUGGACAGCCAUCUGGCAUCGCUACCGCAACAGCCCGGCCAUGCUCGAAGGUAGGAUAUCCGCUUGGCUUAUUGGUCUCCUCGCAAGCAGUGUCGCCAAGUUCGCAUACCAGACCAACAAUCCAGUCUGGCCCAUCAUGCACGCGGAGAAUGGCGGGCUGAACAAGACCGGUCUCGUUCUGUUCGCUCUUGCGAUUGCGCGCGCGUACCAGAAGCAGAGCAAGAACAUCGAUAGCGCACCAGCGCAGCAGGCCGUAAAGGGUACUUCUUUCUUGGCCUCGCUCGGAUUGGCUGGCGCUUUCUUUGGCCUUCACUCCUUGCUCUCCGACUCGAGCACCAUGAUUCUCUGGGUGUGGGAGGGGUAUCCAGUUCGCGGCCCACAGGCUGUUCCUCACGGUGCCUGGACCAUCUUCGCCAUGGGUCUUGGUCUCGUCUUCGGUCUCUUCUACCCGAAUCUCGCAAGAAGCUGGUCGGUCUUUGGCAUUGGGUCCAUUGGCGCCGCACUUUUGACCGCCUUCUCUCACUGGACUGGAUACUACGGCGGCCUCGUCCUUGCUGCGUAUCUCAUGGCGGUCACUCCAGCUCUCAUCUCGAACGCCGUACGAUUCGCACCUGGCCGAACCUUUUUCUUGGGCUUCUUUUUGUACAACUUUUUGGUCCUCUUCCACGUCUGGGUUGUUGCUUACGCUUUCGUCCCUGGCGGACCUCUUGUUCGCGAACACACUGACUGGGUCAUGAUCACAACAAUGCUUACCAUCGGUGCCGGCGUCUUUUCUUCGCAGCAGAACAGCAGCCCAGCCAAGCAGAAGUCCACCCGACCACCCUCAAACCCCGCAGCUCGUCGCCAAAGGAGUUACUACAUUUACGUUCUCCUGGCUCUGCAACUCCUUAGCGGCAGCAUUGCCUACCUCCGCUUCCCCAGCUACAAUUACAAGCCUUACCACGAGGACGCCAAGCUCAUCACGGCCGGUAUCUGGACCAUCCACUUCAGCAUUGACGAUGCUCUGUAUUCGUCAGAGCGCCGCAUGGAACAGCUCAUUCGCGAGACCGAGCUUGACUUAAUCGGUCUCCUCGAAAGCGACUUGCAGCGCAUCAUCAUGGGCAACCGCGACACAACGCAAUACCUCGCCGAAGAACUCGGCAUGUACGUCGACUACGGCCCUGGCCCCAACAAGCACACCUGGGGUGCGGCUCUUCUUUCCAAGUUCCCAAUCCUCAACUCCACCCACCACCUUCUCCCCAGCCCAGUCGGCGAGCUGGCACCUGCCAUCCACGCCACGAUCGACGCAUACGGCGAGCUCAUCGACGUCUUCGUCUUCCACUCCGGCCAGGAAGAGGAUCCCGAAGAUCGCAGACAGCAGAGUCUCUACCUCGCCGAUCUGAUGGGUAGCUCGCCAAGACCGAGUAUCUUGCUCAGUUACCUCGUCACGAAGCCUAAAGAAGGCAAUUAUAACACCUACGUCAGUGAAAGAAGUGGCAUGAAGGACAUCGACCCGAGUGACUGGGACCGUUGGUGUGAGUACAUCUUGUACAAGGGCAUGAGGAGGACCGGGUACGCAAGAGUGAGCAGGAGUACGAUUACGGAUACGGAGUUGCAGGUCGGAAAAUUCAUCGUCGGCCAGCCGGAGGGUAGCGAUGAGAUGAUCUCGGAGGAUCAGGUUCCGGAGGCGUAUCGAUUCCCGGCUAUGUUCAAGGGCCAGGGCGUGAGGGAUCAUCGGUACCAUGUGUUUGAUGAGCCGAGGUAUUAUGUGUAA